UUACCUUCUCUUUGUGUCGGCAGCAAAUUAAAAUACAACAAACUAUAUGUCCAUGGCCUGAGGUGAGUUUUCCCUCUCUUUCCCGAGAAAAUAUUUGAACCUUGUUUCUUUUUUUUGGGGGGGAAAGUUUGAGGAUAUUUUAUAUAAUGAACUUGAUGAAGCGAAGGGCCAAUGUGUAUGGUAAAAUGCAUAAGAGUUCUACGACGACGGCGUCGUCUACAACAAUAGAAAGAGAGAUUGACUGUGAAGUGAGGCCAGGAGGUAUGCUGGUCCAGAAGAGAAGCGAAAAACAGGAUGUUGCGGCACCGAAUUUUCGUCUUAGGAUUGCUUUUGGUGCUGCCCGGUACGAGAUCUCGGUGAAUUCUCAGGCGACUUUUGGAGAUGUGAAGAAGCUGUUAACGGCGGAGACAGGAUUACAGCCGGGUGAACAGAAGGUGAUUUUUCGAGGGAAAGAAAGAGAAAAUGGAGAGUACUUGGACACGUGCGGGGUCAAAGACCGAUCAAAAGUCAUACUGAUGGAGGAUCCAUCAAGCAUUGAGAGAAGAUUCAUUGAGAUGCGUCGAAAUGCAAAGAUUCAAAACGCUCAUCGUGCCAUCUCAAAUGUCUCCAUAGAGGUUGAUAAGCUGGCGGAUCAGGUUUCUGCCAUUGAAAACUCAGUCUCAAAUGGAAUAAAGGUACCAGAAGUUCAAAUCACAACAUUGAUUGAGAUGCUGAUGAGACAAGCUAUCAAGCUGGACAACAUUUCUGCAGACGGAGAGGCUUCUUCUCAGAAAAUUUCGCAGGGCAAGAGAGUGCAGAAGUGUGUUGAAAGUCUAGAUGUUGUGAAGAUAUCAAACGAAAAAGUAAAGCCAGUUAUUAUGACAACAAAAUGGGAGACAUUUGACCCUCCUCCGACCACACCUCCCUGGGAACUUUUUGAUUGAUACCGUUUUAUUUCACCCUUUACAUCUUUUUUCUCCCUGAAAAUUCAUUUUCAUGUCCAAUUGAUGAGCUCCAGAUAAACAUAUGAAAGAGCUCUCUCUCUCUCUAGAUAUUGUUAUUAUUAUUCUUGUAUUUGCACCCUUUGCUCAAGAAGCUAGCUUUGGUUACCCCACUACAUGUUAAUUCUGAAAUGUUCCUAUAAAGGUAGUUGCAAUGUAAGUGUUGAACCCUUUUAAGGUUAA